AUGAGGUUCUCCACUUUAAUGUUUGCGUGGGCUGCGGCAGUGCUGCUCGCCGUGGCCACCUUAUCGGCGGUGGCGGACGCAUCGCCUCCGCCGUCCAAGUUUCUGAAGGUCGGCUUCUACAAGCACACGUGCCCCCAGGCCGAGGACAUCGUGCGCGACGCCGUCCGCCGCGCCGUCGCCCGGAACCCCGGCUUCGCUCCUGGCCUCAUCCGCAUGCAUUUCCACGACUGCUUCGUCAGGGGUUGUGACGGCUCUUUGCUGAUCAACUCGACGCCGGGGAACACCGCGGAGAAGGACUCGGUGGCGAAUAACCCGAGCAUGCGUGGCUUCGAGGUCAUCGACGAGGCCAAGGCAGCCCUAGAGGCGAGCUGCCCGCGCACCGUCUCCUGCGCCGACGUGCUCGCCUUCGCGGCGCGCGACGGGGCAUACCUUGCCGGCGGCAUCAACUACCGUGUCCCAUUUGGUCGCCGUGACGGCCACGUGUCAAUUGCCGACGAGGUGCUCAACAACAAUGUGCCGCCUCCAACUGAUGAGGUCGCGCAGCUCGUGGCCAGUUUCAAGCGCAAGGGACUCUCCGCUGACGACAUGGUCACGCUCUCAGGUGCACACACCAUCGGUCGCUCUCACUGCUCCUCCCUCACGCAGCGUAUCCACAACUUCUCCGGCGAGGUCGGCCGGACCGACCCGUCCAUUGACAAGUCCUAUGCGGCGGAGCUGAGGCGACGGUGCCCUCCAUCGACGGACAACCCGAGCGACCUCACAACGGUGCCGCUGGACCCGAUCACACCGCGGGUGUUCGACAACCAGUACUUCAAGAACGUGCUGGCUCGCAAGGUGCCGCUCACCUCCGACCAAACGCUGCUCACCAGCCCCCGGACUGCCGGCAUCGUCGCGUUCCACGCCUCCGUGGAGAAGGCGUGGCGGGCCAAAUUCGCCGCCGCUAUGCUACAAGUGUCACCCGCAAAAAAGAGAGUAAAAGUGCCUAAUGCUCCAUUUUUUGUGUUGAGGUAUACCCUUGCAUUAUUUGUUCGUCAACCUGGACUUGAAGAAUUUGCCGAGUAUCAGUUCUUUGGAGUGAGGAAGAGGCACAAUCUUCUUGGUGAUCCUGCAAAAAUUGAGCUGAAGAGAUGGCAGCAGCAGCAAGCAGAAUAUAGUGAGGAAGAGAUUCUUUCCUGGAAAAGAGAGCAUCAUUUUGUGCCUUCCAUAAACACCACAAAAAGAGGCACAACCGUGUCUCUUGCAGAAGUAAAUCUAUGCCUCCACAAGAAGAAAAUCUAUGCAAAGGUGCCACUUACCUCCGACCAGAUGCUGCUCACCAGCCCGCGAACUGCCUGCAUCGUCGCGUUCCACGCCGCCGUGGAGAAGGCGUGGCAGGCCAAGUUCGCUGUCGGCAUGGUCAAGACGGGCAAAGUCGAGGUGCUCAUCAGUCACGUGGGGGAGAUUAGGGAGAACCACUAG